GGAGGCGUUAACGUCUUCGGAAUUCUCCAGUCAACGUUCACGGCUUCUUCAUUCCUCCCUGGGUCGUGUCGCGGAGAGGCCUGCGUGUUAACAUCACGCAACCCAACGGCAAAAUAGAUCCCUCAAGAAAUAUGUCCUCUGCAAGUUGGAAACCAUUCAUAUAUGGAGGAUUAGCAUCAAUCACAGCUGAAUGUGGCACUUUCCCCAUUGACUUGACAAAGACACGACUCCAGGUCCAGGGCCAAGCCAACGAUGUGAAGUAUAAAGAAAUCCGGUAUCGAGGAAUGCUCCAUGCACUUGUAAGAAUAUGCAGAGAGGAGGGGCUCAGAGCAUUGUAUUCUGGAAUUGCCCCUGCGAUGCUUCGCCAGGCAUCAUACGGCACUAUUAAAAUUGGCACUUACCAGAGCCUGAAGCGCCUCUUUGUUGAUAGUCCAGAAGAGGAGACACUAGUGCUGAAUGUAUUUUGUGGUGUCCUGUCUGGUGUCAUGUCUUCCUGCAUUGCCAACCCCACAGAUGUUUUAAAGAUCAGAAUGCAAGCCCAAGGUAGCCUUAUCCAGGGAGGAAUGAUUGGAAAUUUCAUAAAUAUUUACCAGCAAGAAGGGACAAGGGGACUAUGGAAAGGGGUGUCUCUGACUGCACAAAGAGCAGCUAUUGUAGUUGGAGUGGAGUUACCAGUCUACGACAUCACCAAGAAACACCUGAUCCUGUCUGGGUUAAUGGGAGACACAGUCUACAAUCAUUUUCUGUCUAGCUUUACCUGUGGCCUGGCAGGAGCUCUAGCUUCAAAUCCUGUAGAUGUUGUAAGGACGCGGAUGAUGAACCAAAAAGCAGUAUGUGAUGCAUCCGCUUCAAGUUAUAAGGGCACCGUGGACUGCUUAUUGCAGACGUGGAGGAGCGAAGGAUUUCUGGCAUUGUACAAAGGAUUUUGGCCAAACUGGUUAAGGCUGGGCCCUUGGAAUAUCAUUUUCUUUAUAACUUAUGAACAGCUAAAGAAACUGAAUUUGUGAUUGCGUGGUAAUCCAUACAAGCUGUGAAGUCCCUUCAAUUAUUUUGAAUAGCAGAAUACCAGAUUUCUCUACAGUAGAGCUUUCCUCGGAGGGAUGUAUGUACGAGAUCGCUUAACAGGAAGCAUAGAAGCUAAACCUCAGCUAAGUCGUCUGACCCACCCUGUUAAAGCACUAAAUACCAGC